ACCGUAGGAUGAAGGGCGAGGAAGCCUAAUUGAAUAGUUAUUAACGAGAACGAGAAGCAUCAACUUCAGAAUUACUUUUUUUAAUCCAAAAUCAGUGAAAAAUGGCUCCGGCAUUCAGCGGCGAUGAGACUGCUCCUUUCUUUGGCUUCCUUGGCGCUGCUGCUGCACUUGUUUUCUCCUGCAUGGGAGCUGCCUAUGGAACCGCUAAGAGUGGGGUUGGUGUGGCGUCCAUGGGUGUGAUGAGACCCGAGCUGGUGAUGAAAUCAAUUGUGCCUGUGGUUAUGGCUGGAGUUUUGGGUAUAUAUGGUUUGAUUAUUGCUGUGAUUAUUAGUACCGGAAUUAAUCCUAAGGCCAAGUCUUAUUAUCUCUUCGAUGGAUACGCUCACCUUUCUUCUGGUCUCGCCUGUGGCCUCGCUGGUCUCUCUGCUGGUAUGGCAAUUGGCAUCGUAGGGGAUGCAGGUGUUAGAGCCAAUGCACAACAGCCGAAGCUUUUUGUUGGGAUGAUCCUCAUUCUCAUCUUUGCUGAAGCAUUGGCCCUCUAUGGCCUUAUUGUUGGUAUCAUCCUCUCCUCCCGUGCUGGUCAAUCAAGAGCUGACUAGGAGAGGUCCUUCUUGGUAGUUGCUUUGUCUAGAAAUAUUCUAUUAUGGUUAGAAUGGGAAAUGUUUUACUGAAGAAUUCUUGUCUCCCGUCUGCAGUUUGAUUUUCUGCGAAAUAGAUCGGUUCAGUGCCAUUGCUGUAGACUGUAGUGAAAUGCAGGGUUAGGUAUUAUUUCUUCCCUUAAAUUAAAGUUGUCAUUGCUUCAUCAUUCAUGUUGUAUUAUGUGGAUUUUUUUGAUGUUUUUGUAGGAAGAUUGCCCUUAUUUUCCUGCAUGGGAUACAAUUAAGGGGGCCUUUUAGAAGUCUACUCUGGUUAUUAACCAUUUGUUGCAGCGAUUGACAUAGUCUAGUGGUAUAUUAAACUAGUUUAAUACCAGUGUUUUUUCUUCGUUGAUCUAA